UGAUAGAUGUACGUUCCUAUUCUGUGUUAUUGGGAUUACCUUGGGCGAUGGCGGUAAGCGCACGUCUGCAUUUCGAUUCGAGACAAUUGGUGCUCACGCAAACUGGGGGAAAGCCUCAAACUGUCCCUUUGCGAGUUUCCACCCGAACGAUAAAACGGGUCCCUAACUCGGCCCAAAUUGGGAUGAUUCGAUGCAUUGAUCCCAAGGAGUGCCCUCCCUUGGAUAUCAGUGAUGGAAUCAGGGCAGAGGAAUACGAAGAAGAGCUGCCUAGCGAAGAUGAAUGGAAGCACCUGGUUGAACUUUUCGAACACGAAAUUCCCGAGGAGUUCCAAGUGUACCCCGACCCUGCUCGAAAUUUCCACGUGGAUUCCGGAGACAGCGCGUUUGCGCCUCCGAUAAGUCAAGCCAUAUGGCCACGUCUCAAAGAUUCGGCAAGUGUGUCACCCUCGGCUCAAUGCAGAUCUUCGGCGUUUGAUGCGAUUCUUCUACAACGAAGAGUACAUGUGACGUGGACGGGGACUAGCGAGCAUCCCACGUGGAUCGAGAAUCCGGAGCUGCUGAUCAUACAGGCUUGGAGGACUAACGUGGAAGAAGAUCUUCUUGGCUUUCUCUUCGGAUUGGUACGGCCGGGUCGACGCCACUUGAUUGCGCAGGAGCUUAUCGCACCGAUCGUGCAAUUGGCAGACGAUCUCUCGCCCGACAUCUAUUUUCAGAGUGACGACAGCCCUGCUCCGUACAUUUUCGAGCGAUCAUUGGAUCCGUACCUUCAGUGGACUGCGUGCUUGGAGGAACCUAGGGACGAGGAUACGCUACCGUCGUGGCAGGAGUAUCUGAAGCCGUACGAGAUCAUCCCUCACGCCGUCUAUCCAAGGGCAGAGGAAGUGGUGAUCGACGACGACGACGAAGAGGACGAAGACGAGGAAACAUCGGAGGAAGGAAGCUAUAUUGAACAUAGGGAGGGCGAGGAGAGCGAAGGAGAAGAGGAGGAAGAGUAAACUGGAUCUGAGUGGGAAGCCUUGCCGGAGGAAGCGACGCGUACAGGAACGGAGGCAGACGAUCCGGAAGCGGCGCGGAAGCG